CGACAAAAAUUAUGAAAUGGGCAGAUUAAGUGUUAAGGGGAAAAAAUGACAGCAAAGUAAUCUCUCCAGAAAUGUAAAAGCGUGGGAGUAUUGCUGAAAACCCACCACGCCCUCUUGUUCAUGAGCUCGACUUUCGUCCUCGACGGCGUACAAGAAUCUUUGAUACGAGCAUCACCGCGCCCACCAUCGCGGCCGGAUAUAUUGUUGUGCCUCGAACGUAUAUGCAUCUGUUGCCCAACAAUCACAAGGCCAUCCACGGACACGCGCGCCCAGCAGCGAAUCGGACCAAAAUCCAAAUCUAGCUCGUGCGCAUGCUCUCCCCGUAGCUGUCCAGGCCACUGCAUCACCCAUGCCUCAGCUCGUCACCCUCCUCGCCAUCACGCUACUCCUCCACCUCCACGCCGCACCGACGGCCGUGGCGCAGGCGCAUGCCGCGACGGGCGCGUUCAUCUACGCCGGGUGCUCGCCGUCCAAGUACGAGCGCAACGCCGCCUUCCAGAGCAACCUCGACUCCCUCCUCACCUCCAUCGCCUCCACCGCGUCCUCCGGCGCAGCCUACAACAGCUUCACCGCCGGCGGCGUCGUCGGCCAACCGGAGGCGGCCCGGACGGCCGCGUACGGCCUGUACCAGUGCCGCGGCGACCUGAGCCGCGGCCAGUGCGUGGCGUGCGUGCGGGAGACGGUGGCGCGCCUGGGCGCCGUGUGCGCCAACUCGUACGCCGCGUCGCUGCAGGUGGACGGCUGCUACGUGCGGUACGACGCGAGCGACUUCGUCGGCCGGGCCGACAACACCGUCGCGUACCGCAAGUGCAGCUCCAGCAGCAGCGAGGACGCCGGGUUCCUCAAGAGCCGCGACGCCGUGCUCAGGGAGCUGCAGGCGCAGGCCGCCACGGGGUACAAGCUGACCGCCUCCGGCACGGUGCAGGGGGUGGCGCAGUGCCUCGGCGACAUCGCGGCGCCGGACUGCGCCGCCUGCCUGGCGCAGGCGGUGGUGCAGCUCAAGGGCACGUGCGGCUCCGCGCUGGCCGCCGACGUCUACCUGGAGCAGUGCUACGUCAAGUACUGGCAAAACGGACACGACUUCCGCUCUUCACAGGAUUAUUCUGGAGACGAAUUUGGGAGGACCGUGGCUAUAAUAAUCGGCAUCUUGGCUGGGCUAGCACUCCUGGUGGUGUUCAUCUCUUUCCUCACCAAAGCAUGCUAGAAAUGGAAAGCUUCUGCCCAAACGGCCUCGGCUAUCUCCAGUAGCGCAUUAGAGAGUAGAGGACAUGAGCACAAGGCAUCAGAGGUCCAAGGAAAAAACGAGAAAAGGUGGUGAUUCUGGCUGCACAGUCGCACUUGCAUGACUUCCCUGAUCUUCAAGUAGUCUUAGAAGCACUGUAGUUAUGUGUUGCCUCGGUUUUUUCUACUACUCCUAGUAUUAUAUUAUUACCAGAGAAGAAGCUGGCCUGAAUGAUGAAGACAAGAAAUAAAGGUCUGCUCAUGAAAGCACCACUUGGUUGCAUAGCACUGCAAGGGCAUUC